AUGUCCUCGGCAAACCGUGGGGCAGCUUCCAGUAGCAGACGCACCAAGCGCGCAAGGGACGAUGAAGACCUCCCCUCUUCAGCGGCACAUCCGCCAUCAAGUCCAAUGGCCUCAUCGCCACCCAUAAUUCCCCAAGACGACGAUGCAGAUAUGCUUGACGAUGACGACAUCAUUCGUGACGUUGACGACCUGGACGAAGAAGCAGAAGAAGCAGAGGGGAUUGAUCUCUUCGCCGACGACUUCGAGAACGACUACAGAGCACGAGAGAAUGACCGCUACGAAGGGCAAGGAAUUGAUGAUGAAGGCGAAUAUGAUGAUCUAGAUCUCGCGUCGAGGCGAGAGCUCGACAAGCGUCUCAAUGCUCGUGAUCGCGAGGCGAGGCGCCGUAUGCCAGCUGCUUUUCUACCAGACGAGGAUGAACAGGACGGUCUGGCCGAUCUCAUAGGUCGUCGCCGCGUGCGAAGGCGUCGUUAUGACGAGGAAGAUGAGAUGGAUAUGGACGAAGAUAUUAUGAACGAGGAGCUAUCACUCGAGGCACUCACCGAUGUGAAGGCCAACACCUUGACCGACUGGGUGGCACAACCCCAGGUCGCCAAAACAAUCGCGCGAGAAUUCAAGUCCUUCCUCACAGAAUAUACAGAUGAGCACGGCAUCUCAGUCUACGGAAGUCGAAUCCGGACCUUGGGUGAGGUCAACGCGGAGUCUUUGGAGGUGUCUUUUGAUCAUCUCGCCGAACAGAAGGCGACCUUGGCCUACUGGCUCGCGAACACCCCGACUGAGAUGCUCAAGAUCUUUGAUCAAGUUGCAAUGGAAGUUGUCCUCUUGCACUACCCCGACUACGAGCGUAUCCACUCCGAGAUUCACGUCCGCAUUACCGAUGUGCCAGUACAGUAUACCCUCCGUCAGCUACGUCAAUCACAUCUCAACAGCUUGGUUCGCGUCAGUGGUGUCGUCACUCGUCGCAGUGGCGUAUUCCCCCAAUUAAAAUAUGUCAAGUUCGACUGUACCAAGUGUGGUGUCACCCUUGGCCCGUUCCACCAAGAUUCGAACGUCGAAGUCAAGAUUUCGUUCUGCCAGAAUUGCCAAUCAAGAGGACCAUUCACUGUCAACUCUGAGAGGACUAUAUAUCGAAACUACCAGAAAUUGACGCUGCAGGAGUCUCCUGGCACAGUCCCUGCUGGUCGUCUGCCCCGUCAUCGCGAGGUGAUUCUUCUUUGGGACUUGAUAGACUCUGCGAAGCCAGGUGAGGAAAUAGAGGUGACCGGCGUUUAUCGCAACAACUAUGAUGCAGCCUUGAACAACAAGAACGGCUUCCCAGUCUUUGCUACUAUCCUUGAGGCAAACUACGUGGUCAAGUCUCACGACCAGCUGGCUGGUUUCCGUCUGACAGAGGAAGAUGUGAAGGAAAUCAGGCGACUCUCCAAAGACCCGCGGAUUGUGGACAAGAUCAUCAACUCGAUUGCUCCUAGCAUCUACGGACAUACGGACAUCAAGACUGCUGUUGCGCUCUCUCUUUUCGGAGGUGUCAGCAAAGAAGCAGCUGGCCGCCACUCGAUCCGUGGUGACAUCAACGUGUUGCUCCUCGGAGAUCCAGGUACCGCAAAGUCGCAGAUUCUCAAAUAUGUCGAAAAGACCGCCCAUCGUGCUGUCUUUGCCACUGGGCAGGGUGCCUCCGCUGUUGGUCUAACAGCGUCCGUCCGCCGUGAUCCUAUGACGAGUGAAUGGACAUUGGAAGGCGGAGCACUCGUGCUCGCUGACAAGGGCACAUGUUUGAUCGACGAGUUUGACAAGAUGAAUGACCAAGAUCGAACUUCAAUCCACGAAGCCAUGGAACAGCAGACAAUUUCGAUCUCCAAGGCGGGUAUUGUGACCACCCUUCAAGCACGAUGCGCCAUCGUUGCUGCGGCCAAUCCCAUCGGCGGUCGCUACAAUUCUACAAUUCCCUUUUCACAAAACGUAGAGCUCACUGAGCCUAUUCUGUCUCGUUUCGACAUCUUGUGUGUCGUUCGCGAUCAGGUCGACCCAGUAGAAGACGAGCGUCUCGCAAAGUUUGUCGUAAAUUCUCACGGUCGAGCGCACGCCACAGUCAAUUCAGCAUAUGGAUACGCUGAGAAGACAAAGACUGCUGAGAAUGAUGAAAACGACAUGGAGGUGGAUGAGAAUGCCCCCAUUAAAGAGGGUGAAAUUCCACAAGAACUUCUGAGAAAGUAUAUUCUGUACGCACGUGAAACGUGCAAACCAAAGCUCUAUCAGAUUGAGCAAGACAAGAUCGCUCGACUCUUCGCAGACAUGCGUCGAGAAUCCAUGGCAACCGGAGCCUACCCCAUCACUGUCCGUCACUUGGAAGCUAUUUUGCGAAUGGCCGAAGCUUUCUGCAAAAUGCGACUCUCCGAGUACUGUUCAGCUGUUGAUAUUGACCGUGCCAUAGCUGUUGCUGUGGACUCUUUCGUAGGGUCACAAAAGGUCAGCGCCAAGAGAGCACUGCAGAGGUCGUUUGCCAAGUACACUUUGAGCAGGCCUGGAGCUGUGAAAAAUCCUACCAGGGGAGGUAGAGCCCAACGCGCGGCAGCUUGA